UGAUAACCCCUCCUUUGAUAAACACACAACACAGCACGAACCCAACUCAGCGCAGCGCAGCCUUGAGGAACAGAGAUUCGUGGUUGGGAAAAGCUUAUUUCUCAACAACUCUCGUUCCUUUCAUCCGUAACUAUUUGUUGCUUGCUUUUUCUUAUCAGAUCAGAUCUCUAAAGACAGCGGAAGCCAUGGCUCUGAUCCUCCAUGCUACCAAGGGAAACAAAAAUGCUUACAAGGCUUUGAUUGCCGCUGAAUACGUCGGUGUCCAAGUUGAAUUGGUCCCAGACUUUCAGAUGGGUGUCUCCAAUAAAACUCCUGAAUUUCUCAAGAUGAACCCUAUUGGAAAGGUUCCAGUCUUGGAAACCCCUGAGGGUCCCGUUUUUGAGAGCAACGCCAUUGCUCGUUAUGUGGCCCGAUCCAAUGGUGACAAAACUUUGUUUGGAUCUUCUCUCAUUGAUCACGCCAAUGUUGACCAGUGGAUUGAUUUUUCUUCCUUUGAGAUUGAUACCAAUAUUAUGAAGUUGUACCUUCCAAGACUUGGAUAUGCCCCCUACCUUCCUCCAGUAGAGGAGGCUUCACUUACUUCAUUGAAGAGAGCAUUUGAGGCUUUGAAUACUCACCUUGCCACCAAUACCUACCUGGUUGGGCAUUCUGUUACCCUUGCUGACAUUAUCACAACAUGCAACUUGUAUUAUGGUUUUGCUAAACUCUUGGUCAAGAGCUUCACCUCUGAGUUUCCUCAUGUUGAGAGAUACUUCUGGACCUUGAUCAACCAGCCAAAUUUCCGAAAGGUGUUUGGUCAGGUUACACAGACUGAUGCUAUGCCUCCUCUUCCAUCUGCAAAGAAGCCUGCCCAGCCCAAGGAAUCUAAGCCCAAAACUAAAGAUGAGCCCAAGAAAGCAGCUAAACCAGUGGUUGAGAAACCCAAAGAAGAAGAAGCAGAAGAAGAGGCACCCAAGCCCAAACCCAAGAACCCUCUUGAUCUUCUUCCCCCAAGCAAGAUGAUAUUGGAUGAGUGGAAACGACUCUACUCUAACACUAAGACUAACUUCCGUGAGGUCGCAAUCAAAGGAUUCUGGGACAUGUAUGAUCCAGAGGGAUAUUCUCUCUGGUUUUGUGAUUACAAAUACAACGAUGAGAACACUGUUUCCUUUGUGACACUGAACAAGGUUGGUGGAUUUCUCCAGAGGAUGGAUCUGGCUCGCAAGUAUGCAUUUGGAAAGAUGCUUGUGAUUGGAUCAGAGCCGCCAUUUAAGGUGAAGGGUUUGUGGCUUUUCCGUGGACAAGAAAUUCCAAAGUUUGUCAUGGAGGAAUGCUAUGACAUGGAGCUCUAUGAGUGGACUAAGGUUGACAUCUCCGACGAAGCUCAGAAAGAACGUGCCAGUCAGAUGAUUGAAGAUUUUGAACCAUUUGAGGGAGAGGCUCUUUUGGAUGCUAAGUGCUUUAAGUGAAAACUAGUUCCCAGUGAAAGGGUAUGGUUUUUGUCAUGUCUUUUUGGUAGAGUUUGCUUUCUUUCCUAUUUUCUGCUAUAGUGAAGUUAAAGAUAUUCUGUGAUUUUAUCAACUUUGAAACUUCAAUCGGUGAUUGUGUUUAGCUUAAUUUUGAUGGUAACAACUUCUAUAUUUAUCUUUUGAUGUAUGCAUGCAUGUAUGAAAUCCAUUGGGUUCACGGAAUGUGAUCUCUGGUUUCUUCUGUGCUCAGCGAGACGUUUUUGAAGAAUUAAUGUUGAAUAAAUAUCUAAGUUAUACCAA